AUGAGAAUAAUCAUCGUUGCUGCUCUCAUUGCUGUGGCUUUCGCUCAUCCAGUGAAGCGUCAAGCUCAAAACUCAUACGGAGAUGAGGCUCCAGCUGCCCCAGCUGCUGCUGCUCCAGAACAAUCCUUCGCCGCCGAACCAGCUCAACCAGCCGAGACUGCUCCGGAACCAGUCGCCCAAGAGGAAGCUGCUCCAGAAGCCCCAGCUCAAGAUGCCGGAUACAGAUCCAAGAGACAAGCUCAAAACUCUUAUGGAGAUGAAGCUGCCGCUGCUCCAGCUCCAGCCGCCGAAGAGCCAGCUGCUGAGCCAGCACCAGUCGAGACAGCCGCUGAACCAGUCGCCCAGGAAGAAGCUGCUCCAGAGGCCCCAGCCCAAGAUGCCGGAUACAGAGUUCGCCGUGACGCCCAGAACUCUUACGGAGACGAGGCUGCUGCUGCCCCAGCUCCAGCCGCCGAAGAGCCAGCUGCUGAGCCAGCCCCAGAGGAGCAAGCCGCCGAGCCAGUCGCCCAAGAAGAAGCUGCUCCAGAAGCCCCAGCUCAAGAUGCUGGAUACAGAGUCAGACGUGAUGCUCAAAACUCCUACGGAGAUGAAGCCGCCGCUGCUCCAGCCCCAGCUGCUGAGGAACCAGCCCCAGAACAACCAGCUGAGCAAGCUCCAGAACCAGUUGCCCAAGAGGAGGCUGCUCCAGAAGCUCCAGCCCAAGAUGCCGGAUACAGAGUCAGACGUGAUGCCCAAAACUCCUACGGAGAUGAGGCCGCUGCCGCCCCAGCCCCAGCUUCUGAGGAGCCAGCCCCAGAACAACCAGCUGAGCAAGCUCCAGAGCCAGUUGCCCAAGAAGAAGCCGCCCCAGAAGCCCCAGCUCAAGAUGCCGGAUACAGAGUCAGACGUGAUGCCCAAAACUCCUACGGAGAUGAAGCCGCUGCCGCCCCAGCCCCAGCUGCUGAGGAGCCAGCCCCAGAACAACCAGCUGAGCAAGCCCCAGAACCAGUUGCCCAAGAGGAGGCUGCUCCAGAGGCUCCAGCCCAAGAUGCCGGAUAUAGAGCUUAA